AUGGCAAAGUGCCUUGCCCUGGCGGCAGCCGCGGUGGCACUCUUUGCUUUGCCCUCAGCUUUCGUUCCUGCCCGGCAGGGUGCUCCGGCUGUGUCGCCGGCAGUUGCGGCAGGAGUGGCUGCGGGGUCCAUGGCAUUGCCAGCUUGGGCCUAUGACAUGCCCGAUGCUCAGAUCUUGUUGGCCCGAGUGCCAGGAGGCAAGCGCACCAAGGAGCUGGGCUUGGUGGUGCCAAUUCCAGAGGAAGAUGGCUUGACCGAUGGUCAGAUCGCUGCUCUCUUUGUAGUUGCCCUGGUUGGUCUCAUUGCAGCAGUGGACCUUGCCAAGACCCUGUACUUCGGCAUCAACCCCACCAAGUUCAAGACUGCCAAGGGCAAGGGCUCCAUCACUCCCUUCAUGAAGCGCCUCAUUGAAACGGCUACUGAGCAGUUGUACGAUGUUGUACGCAUGAGGCCGGUAAGAGCCGCGACUCAAGGAGGCGCCGUGUCGUGCGCUUGGACAAGUUGCCCAUAUCGCGACCUGUCCGUGCCGCACCUGCGCCAGUGGAGCGGCAACCGGAACCCGAUGCCGGGGACAGCCGGGGGAGCGGAGUUAGAGAAGAUGGCUGCCGCUAGCAACGCUGACUCCCCAAAUUCCGACUCGUCGGAUUCGGAGGCUGAACGUGAUCCGGCACUGCCUUCAGCGAGCAGUUUAUCCUGGCUGCCAGCCCCCAAAAAGGCGGCACAGGCUGCAGGAUCCAGCCAAGUCGAAAUUGAUUUCGAGUCCUUGGGGAGACCAAGGGAGAAGCCGCAAGUGGUCGGAAGUGCGACGGCCUGGCUGGUGCAGCCGGCAGUGGCACCCCAGGUGGAAGAGGAGGAACAGUUCCCCGUGAGUUUGUUGAAGCAUCCUUUGCUUCGCUCAGCGGGUGCCGCAGGCUGUACGGAAGUUGAGGCUGAAGAGCUGGAGUCGAAGGUCUCGAGACUAGUGCACAUCACCGCGGAGAGCAUGCAGGAUCCUGACUGGAAGAUGAACAGCCUCCUGGUGGGUCAGCCUGGCUACAUGCGUGGCCAUGCAGUUCCAAAGGGCGUCAGCCAGUUCGAUACUGACCAGUGGAAUCAGACGACCCUGGCCUACCCAACUCGAACGCAGUCGAGGAAGUCUCACAUCAAUUGGCUGGCACAAGAUGCCAUCAACAAAGAAGCAGAACAUUUGGACCGAGCAGCUCAUGGCAAGUUGUCCAAGGCACAAACUUAUGGCAGAUACGGUUGGUAA